AUGAAGCUUUCUACCUCCUUUCUACUCGUUGCGGUGGCUGCAGUCACAGCAUCGCCUACCCCAACUUAUCAGGACACACCAGCAAGAGCCUUGGAGAAGAGGGCUAGCAUUACAGAUGCUGCUAAUGUUGGUUUCGCGAUGGCAAAUGGUGGGACAAAGGGGGGAGCCGGUGGUCCUACUACCACCGUGAGCACUUUACCCCAACUCUCGGCAGCGGCCAACUCUUCCGGACCCUUGAACAUUGUAGUUCAAGGAGCUAUCAAUGGUGCUGCAAAAGUACAGGUUGGCUCGGACAAGACCAUCAUUGGAAAGACUGGAAGCUCCCUGACUGGCAUCGGUCUCACAAUUCUAGGGCAGAAGAAUGUGAUUGUACGCAAUAUGAAGAUCGGCAGGGUACCCGCCGAGUACGGCGAUGCCACUACCAUUCAACUCUCUACCAAUGUAUGGGUCGAUCAUUGCGACUACUAUGGUGACGAGACAGUUGGCAAAGACACCUACGAUGGGCUGGUCGAUCUUUCGCACGCUGCUGACUUCGUAACCAUCUCCAACACCUACUUUCACAACCAUUCCAAAGGCACCUUGGUAGGCCAUUCCGACAAGAACGCCGCCGAAGACACUGGCCACCUCCGCGUAACAUACGCAAACAACCACUUCUACCGCGUCAACAGUCGCGGACCAUUGCUCCGAUUUGGCACAGCGCACAUCUUCAACAAUUACUACAACGAGCAGUCUACAGGUGUGAACACCCGCAUGGGUGCGCAAGCCCUGGUUCAAAGCUCGGUCUUUGAGAACAGUGGCAAGAAGAUGGUUUACACGGAGAGUAGCGCGGAGGAUGGAUAUGCAGUCGUUGAGGACGUGUUGUUUGGUGGGCAGAGCGCCAAUACAGCUCCCAAGGGUACACUAAGUGCGCAAAGCUUGCCCUACAAGUACGAAUUAUUGGGCAGCGCGAACGUUAAAGCGGCUGUUACUAAAGAGGCGGGACAAACCCUAGCUUUCUGA